GGAGCUCCCUCCCCGGCAGGUGGCUCCUGACUUGGGAACCCCAGCUGGUGCCUGGAGGCUCCGGGGUCGGCCUCUGCCCGUGCCUGGGGUCCUGCAUGGUGCGUGGGUCACUGGACGACCUGGCGGGUUUGCUCCGUGCCCGAGCCGCGUGGCCAAGACCCUGUCACAUAGGACAGCACACACCGCAGUGUCCCCAGGGACAGGCGUGACAUGCUCGAGUGAUGUUCACAAGUCACCUGUGCGUGAGGACAGUGUAGAGCAGGCGUGGUGUUGGAGGGCGUCUGGCCUGUUUUCCCCCGUGACACGUCUGCGGCAGGCUGGUCAUGAACACUUUAUCAGGGUGUGUCCGGGAACAAUGCAGCCCUCCGGACACCGGCUCCGGGACGUCGAGCACCAUCCUCUGCUGACCGAAAACGACAGCUACGACUCUGCCUCCUCCUCCGCCUCCGAGGCCGACACGGCAGACAGGGUGUGGUUCAUCCGCGAUGGCUGCGGCAUGGUCUGUGCCGUCAUCACGUGGCUGCUGGUGGUCUACGCGGACUUCGUGGUGACGUUCGUCAUGCUGCUACCUUCCAAAGAUUUCUGGUACUCCGUGGUGAACGGGGUCAUCUUUAACUGCCUGGCGGUGUUGGCACUCUCAUCACACCUGAGGACCAUGCUCACCGACCCCGGGGCGGUGCCCAAGGGGAAUGCCACGAAGGAGCACAUGGAGAGCCUGCAGCUGAAGCCCGGCGAGGUGAUCUACAAGUGCCCCAAGUGCUGCUGCAUCAAGCCCGAGCGGGCGCACCACUGCAGUAUUUGCAAAAGGUGUAUCCGGAAAAUGGACCAUCACUGCCCGUGGGUGAACAACUGUGUGGGGGAGCAGAACCAGCGCUUCUUCGUGCUCUUCACGAUGUACAUCGCCCUGUCCUCGGUGCACGCACUCAUCCUCUGCGGCCUGCAGUUCAUCUCCUGCGUGCGGGGACAGUGGACAGAGUGCAGCGGCUUCUCCCCUCCGAUCACUGUAGUCCUGCUGAUCUUCCUGUGCCUUGAGGGGCUGCUGUUCUUCACGUUCACCGCCGUGAUGUUCAGCACUCAGAUCCACUCGAUCUGCAACGACGAGACGGAGAUCGAGAGGCUGAAGAGCGAGAAGCCCACGUGGGAGCGGAGGCUGCGCUGGGAAGGGAUGAAGUCCGUCUUUGGGGGUCCCCCCUCCCUCCUCUGGAUGAACCCCUUUGUCGGCUUCCGGUUCAGGCGACUGCAGGCCAGGCCCAGGAAAGGCGGCCCGGAGUUCUCGGUGUGAGCCUCCCGUUGGGCCAGGAGGGCAGGUGGGACUGCGCGGCCACAGGACCUGGGACACAGGUGGCCGUCACCAGCAGACGGGUGGCUGUGUUCACCGGACAGGAGCCCGCGUGAGCCCUGCUGCAUGCUGGCCUGGCCAGGAGUCCCCAGCUGUGCACCUGCUGGCUGUCACCAGCACCAGACUGCGGCCGGGCCCUGGCCUGUGCGCCAGAGGCGCAGAUGGCCUGCGUGCCGAGCGGGAAGGCGGCUUCAGAACCUCGUGGGGCCCGGAGGGCGCCCCGCAGUGAGUCUGUGCGCGCGUCCGUGUGUCUGUGCGCGUGUGCAUGUGUCCUGGUGUGACAUUUAGUGGCCGUGUACAGCAAAUGAGCUGUUUCUCAGAAGCCAACAUUUCAGGGAAGGGGGUACGCUGUGUGGCCCCAUGGUGUCUAUGAAUGUAUUCCCAACGGACAGCGUCUCCAUCCAAAGAGCAGUGGUCCCUUGUGGCCGGCGAUGCGCGCCCCUGCUUCCACCGAGUCGGCGGGCGGGGCUGGCCCCACAGCGGCCAGGGGCACCAGAGAGGUGGCUUUCGUUUUUAUGUUUGUGUCUCUGCCCACGGCACAGGUGAUGAGAGCGGACCCUUGGUGUGAGCUUAGGGUUACACCAGACGCAAAUAGCCCCUCCGGGGCCCUGCCUUAAACUGCUGGGGCCGCGCCCCUGCUGCCCAGGCUUCGGGACCGGCCGUGGGCUCCCGGAGUCCGUCUCCAUGAGGUCCCAGCCGGUCCCUGGCGGGAGGACAGGCUUGGGAGGGACAGGCCCAGCAGGCCAGGACAGCGCAGCGGGCGGUUCUGGGUGUCAUUUGCACAUCUGUGUCGGGGCCGGGCCGUUGGGCGUCAGUGGGAGGCGUGCACCUGUGUGUCCUGUCAUCGGUCAGUGACUCCCCACGUGGUGACCCUGUGAGCCUCUCGAGUCUGUGCAAAUCAAGUAUAUUUGACUUUCCGACCUCUCCUUCCGUGUAACUUUUCUAUGAAAUAAACUAGCCCAGCGGCCGUUCUCAGACCA